UUUGGUUUCUUGAAGAGCAAGUCAACUACUAGUCAACUCCUGCAGGUGUUACACGACAUUGGAAACAAACUAGACAACAAGUGUCAAGUAAACACACUGUACUUGGACUUUGCCAAGGCAUUUGACAAAGUAAACCAUGAACUGCUGCUUUUGAAAUUGAAACGUUUGGGCAUCUCCGGUAAUCUCCUAUCUUGGCUACGUGAUUAUCUUUCUGGUCGCUAUCAGAGGGUGAAAGUUCUCGGCGAGAUCUCGAAUCCCUUACCUGUUUUAUCUGGUGUGCCACAGGGAUCGAUACUCUGA